AGCUAUCGAUUGGAGUAUCGGACAGAUUCGAUACGAUCUAUUGAUGUGGUGUCGAUGUUCGAUUCAUCGACGUGCGACGUCGUUCAUCUUCUGGUCGGCCAUGACGGCGUAGUGUUGUGGUGUGAAAAGUGUUCCACGUAAUUCUUUUUCAUCAUGGGUUUCGUAAAAGUUGUCAAAAAUAAACAGUACUUUAAGCGGUAUCAAGUACAGUACAGGAGACGCCGUGAAGGUAAAACCAACUACAGGAACCGCAAGAAGUUGACCUUCCAACCGAAAAAUAAAUACAACACCCCUAAGUACCGGCUUGUAGUUAGGAUCACUAACAAAGAUGUCAUCUGUCAGAUCGUGUACUCAAGAAUUGUAGGAGACAUGGUAGUAUGUGCAGCCUACAGUCAUGAACUCCCUCGCUAUGGAGUUAAAGUUGGUCUCACCAACUAUGCCGCUGCCUACGCCACUGGCCUUCUCUUAGCACGAAGACUUUUACAAAAGUUGCAACUAGACACCCUUUACGAAGGUUGCAAGGAAGUCAACGGAGAUGAAUACAUCAUUGAAGCUGCAGAAAAAGGUCCUCGACCUUUCAGGUGUUACUUGGACAUCGGUCUCGUCCGUACAUCUACUGGAGCCCGAGUAUUCGGCGCCAUGAAAGGUGCUAUUGACGGUGGACUCAACAUCCCUUACAGGUCCAAGAGAUUCCCUGGUUAUGACGCUGAAGCGAAGGAGUUCAACGCUGACGUUCAUAGGAAGCAUAUCUUUGGUCUUCACGUUGCUGAAUACAUGAAACAGCUCCAAGAAGAAGAUGAGGAUGCCUACCAGAAGCAAUUCUCUCAGUACAUCAAAAAUAAUAUUUCCAGCGAACAGAUUGAAACCAUCUACAAGAAGGCCCAUGAGCUGAUUCGCGCUGAUCCGUCUCAGAAACCGAAAGAGAAGAAGGACGUCAAGAAGAAGAGGUGGAACGCUGCCAAACUGUCCUUGGAACAACGUAAGGAACGUGUUGUCAAAGAGAAAGAGAACUUCCUUGAACAACUCGCUAAAGGCGCUGUGUAAUUUUUUAUUUCUGUUACUGACGAAUAUUAAAAUGUUUCUUAUUUGUA